AUGCCUCCUUCCAGGCGUCGAGCCCGACCGGCUGAGGACGAGGAAUUAGAAGGCGAUAGCACCCAAUUCGAGCAAGAGAAUGGCAACGGACCCGCAGAAGAUCCCGAAACUGGAGACGAAGCGAGUGAAAACGAAGACCCGAACCGCGCCGCAGAUGAGCAGCUGGCAAAGAAGAUGAUCCGCUACGCCCUAUCUUGCGAAUAUUCACGAACACCAAUCCGACGUGAUGGGAUUAAGGAACGAGUGCUUGGAAACCAGGGCAGAGCUUUCAAGAGAGUAUUCGCCUUGGCGCAAAAGCAGUUACGAACCAUCUGGGGAAUGGAGCUAAGAGAGCUGCCUGUCCGCGAAAAAAUGUCGCUGCAAGAGAAGCGUCAUGCCAUGAAGUCAAAUUCGCAGCCAAAGACUGGCUCUGGCGCCUACAUCCUUACCUCGGUCCUGCCCGCCGCGUACCGCGCCGCCGCCAUCAUACCGCCGUCCAGGGUCCCGUCCCUCGACGCCGAAGCCACAUAUCUUGCCUUCUACACCAUGGUUGUCUCGCUUAUUUCGCUCAAUGCCAACGACCUUAGCCACCCGAAGCUGAACCGCUAUCUCCAGCGCCUUAACGCCGACAAGAACCUCGGCAGCGAAAGGACGGAGCUGACUCUGAAGCGGAUGGAACGGCAGGGCUACGUGGUGCGAAAGGUGGACCGGCCGCCGGUUGGGCACGAAGGCGAAGUGACUGUGACUUGGCACGUUGGUCCGCGCGCAAAAGAGGAGAUUGGCAUCGACGGCGUCAUGGGAUUCGUGCGAGAAGUAUACGGCGAGCCAAGCGAUGAUCUGGAGACGAAGCUGCGGUCCAGUCUAGGAAUCAAACAACCGCGAGCUGACGGGACUGAAGAUGCAGACGGAGAUACUGUCAUGUAG